AUGAAGUUGAACAUAGCAUAUCCGACGAAUGGUACACAAAAGAUAUUUGAGAUUGAAAGGAGGAAUGAGGUCAAGCUGUAUGACAAGAAGAUAGGGGACCAGUUUGAUGGAGGGAUUCUUGGAGAAGAGUUUGAAGGAGCAAUCAUGGAGAUCACUGGAGGGGAUGACUACCAAGGAUUCCCUAUGGUGAAAGGACAUCUUACAAAGAAAAGAGUGAGGCCCCUGCUAUCGAAGGGAGAUGCAGGGUACAGAUGCAGGCGUAAGGGGGUAAGACGCCGUAAAAGCGUCCGAGGAUCUAUUGUUUCUGAGGAGAUUUGUGUGCUGAACCUUAUAAUGCUGCGUCCUGGGGAGAAGGAGAUAGAUGGCCUUACAAAUGCUGUCAACGAUGUGUCCCACCUUCCCAGAAAGGAGAGUAAGCUCAGGAAGAUGUUUGGAGUUCCCGACGAGGAAAAGAACGUUGUGGGAUACAUCAGGAACAUAUUUAAGGCUGAAUGUGAAGACCCAAAGAAGAUACCCAAGAUUCGACACAAUGGAAAGAGAAUAAAGAAAGAGCAAGAAAGAAAGGAGAGCAUCAGGAAAAUGAAGCUGGAAAGAAAAAGAAUCUUGGAGGAGGAAAGGAAAGCUUACCUUGAGAAAUAUUUCAAUAAAGCUUGA